AUGCUGACUAGCUCGGACGACCCUGCCACUUUCCAGACCUUCCUGAAAACGCGUGGCAUAACUCUGCCAGUGUUAAGCAACACCACAUAUCCUGUGCCUGCGGGAUCGGCCUCUGCCCCAGCAAAUCGGACCGGCGCCAGAAUGUCGUUGCCUGCCUCGGACAGCCUUUUUACCCCCCCUGGAUCGGACAAUCUUGCGGUCGCUGGCUCUCCCUUACCUCCUCUUCUUCCCCGGCUUAUUGCUGAGAAGGACAUGUCUGACUCAGAAAUCUCUGUCCGAGCUAAGCUCAGAUUGCUGACCGCCGACUACAACGAGCUCGAGACUGCACAGAAGGCACUUGUUGCGAAUUACGAACAAAUGGAGGACGAACUCGAAUUCACGACGAACGAAACAAACCGUCUGCGUGAGGAGGUUGCUACGCUGGAGCGCAAUUCAGAGGUGAAUCAAGCCAGGCAAGUGGAGCUGGAGACCGAACUGGUUACGGCGCACGAGAGUUAUCUGAAGAAGAGUGCGCAGCUCGACAAAGCGACUGGUCAAAUUAAGUCGCUACGAAAAUCAUGCCAUGCUCUCUACAAAAACAGCAAGGCCUCCCAAAGUGAAGUCAAACGGCUGGAGGUCGACAAUCAGUUGCUACUUCAAGAUAUGGCUGGUAUAAAGCUGGUGUUGCACAACGCCCAGGUCGCGCUCACGGAGGCUCAUGAGCAGUCGAACACCAAUAUUUCCGCUCUGACAGGGCUCAACCGUGCCCUGGAGGAUGCGUUGGAGAUGCUGGAUCCGCAUUCAGACGCUGUUGAUGUGUCGAUGGACUCACUCGAUGUUUCUCAGGACGAAGUGAUCCAUCUUCUACCAUACCAGAGCCGGCACCUGAGGCUACUCCGAUACAAGUCGACAACCCCGAGCCCCAACGAUAUCGCAAAAGUGGCCUACCUGACCGCCGGAGACAUCCACCUGCCAAGCUUAACGACGCCGCCCCUCCCCGCCCACCUCGUAUUCGCCAACACGCACCAGUUGAGCCACCUGGUCCUGCUUCAGAACCUGAACUCUAACCUUCCGAAAUUGUACCACCAGCGCCGCAAUGUUUAUCCACGCCGUCCUACCCACGAUCCCGACGAGACGAUUACUCUUGACGAUCUCUACCAUGCUGCAAAGCCAACUGCCAGCCACAUUGACUGGAACAAUUUGCCCCUUCCCAAAGAACCGUGGUAUUAUUCAUUUCCAAACGCCUCCGUCGCCCACAUAAUCAAGUACCACGUGGAAGAAGAAAAUGCGGGGUCUAUUGAGUCCGACGGAGUCAACUUGCACGACCUUCCGCGCCCAUUCUCAACCAAAAAAUUUCUUGACGACCUGGACAAGAAAGGGAUUGAGCCCCUCGGAGUUACUGAGGAGUGGAUUAACUCCAGUGUCCAGCUCAAGCUGCCCUGCGUCGGACACCCUCAGAAAGAAGACGACGCCCCAGUAUUCACUGUCACGGACAUUCACUAUCGUCCUCUCCUCGACUCAAUCCGAGAAGUUUUACAGGGUCCACUUUUCAAGCUACUACACACCACUCCGUUCUCUCUACGAUAUGACCCGACCUUUGAAACAGAAUCACCAGACAUUGUACUCGACGACCCCGCAACCCCGCUAAAUUCAGAUGGCCUGCCCACCCUUCCCUCGCAUCAUGAGGAAGUAUUUGGGGAGAUUUAUACCUCUGCAGCAAUGCUUGAGGCGUUUCAAGCAAUUCCUCAACCUCCCCCUCCGCAAUCACCAGACGAUCCUGUGGAAAGCAUCAUCAUGGCGCUGAUGAUAUGGUCCGACGCCACACAUCUGGCCCAAUUUGGAACGGCUUCGCUCUGGCCGGGCUACACCUUCUUUGGAAAUCACCCCAAGGAAUUUCGAGCAAAGCCAUCUUCAAACGCUGGCUUUCAUCAAGCUUACUUUGCAAGUCUCCCUGACUCAAUUCAUGAUGAAUACCGUCAACACUACGGAUGCGAUAUGUCAGACAAGGUCUACACCCACCUAAAACGAGAAUUGUUCCAUCGAAUCUGGGACCUUUUACUCUCAGAGGAUUUCUUGGACGCUUAUGAAAAUGGCAUCAAGAUAACGUGCUUGGAUGGCAUCGUUCGACUUGUUUUCCCGCGUUUUUUUAUAUACGGUGCUGAUUAUCCGGAAAAGGUCCUGCUGGCCACGAUCAGGAGCAUGGGUGGCCGGCCUUGCCCCCGCUGUUUCAUCGUAAAAAAACAGAUUGCAGAAACGGGGACUGUCAAUGACAUGAAAAGGCGCCAAGUUCUUAGAGUUGAUGACCAUCCCCGACGCCAAACCAUCGAAGAUGCCAGGAGGGCCAUCUUUGAGAACGGCUUCGCUGUUGCGGGCUCUUCUAUCGACAAAAUGCUUAGACAAAAUUCUUGGGUCCCAGUCCGGAACGCCUUCUCCAAACUCAACACUGACAAAACACCCUUCAAUUUCUAUGACAUGUUGGUGCCGGACCUACUACACGAAGUGGAACUUGGAGUCGCAAAAGCAAUAAUAACUCAUCUGAUUCGAAUGCUCCAAACCUUUGAGAACAUCGGUGAAUUUGACGCAAGGCAAGAAUUUCGUCAGAUCGAGACCUUUGGCCGAUCUGUUAUCAGGUUGUUUGGUCACAACGUUUCAGGCAUGAAAUAUGCUGCGGCCCGAAACUUUGAAGAUUGCAUCCUUCCCGUCAUCGAUGGGCUUUUCCCUCUCCACCAAAAACUCGUAAAUCAGCUCUGCUUUGAGCUGGCGCUUUGGCAUGGGUAUGCUAAGCUUCGUAUGCACACCACCACCACCAUAGGCCUGUUCCAAACAGCAACCACUGACCUUCUUACGACCAUUCGGCGUUUCGCAAGGGAGACGGUAAACAUCAAAACCUACGAGCUGCCCCGCCGAACAACGUCAGAGGACCAAGAGGGCCCAAAAGGCAGCAGCGGCAGCAGCGGAACAGCCGUCUGCAUCUGCUGCAGUCCCUCAUCAACCCACCAAAAGAAAGGCCAAGAAAAAGCCAACCACCAAGGGGGGGGGUCAGCAGGGAGAAAUUCCAAGGUUAGCUCCUCUACCCCACUACUGCCUUCCGCAACCAAAAAGGCCACCAAAACAUUGGGGAAGAGGAAAUCCACCACACAAGAAGCGAUAGCUGGACCCUCCGCCCUGCCGCCGCCACCAACAGGAGAACCUACGUCUACUAAUUCCAAGGUCCCAACGAAUGGGCUUGGGCCGUCUUCAGGCUCAAACACCGACCAAACCAUGCCAGCAAACUCCAUCUCCGCAAAUUCCAUCCCAGAAAAUCCUGUAUCAACACAUUCCGUUCCAGUUAACUCUGUCCUGGCAAUAGAUGGGCAAUCUCCCGCUUUGAAUGGCGACCCACCAAUAGAAACCACCAACUCAAACUUGAAAAAGGCGAAGGAAGCUGCGGAGAAACCAUUCAAUCUUACCACAUACAAGCUGCAUUCAUUGCCGGACUACCCCGGCUCUAUUUUAUGA